AACUUGUUGCUCAUCCGUGCAACUCGACCUACCAAGUUUGAAAAGUUCGCCGCGCGUUCCGCACAUCUAUCCGCAUCCAAGAUGAUGAGCAAGAGAAUCGCCGUCGCCAUCGCCGUGGUCCUGGCCGUGAUCUGCUUGGCUGAGGCCAGGGAGGAGGGUCCCCACGACAUGGCCGACGCCCUCCGUAUGCUCCAGGAACUCGACCGCUACUAUACUCAAGCUGCUAGACCGAGGAUCGAUCGCCGCGACGUCUCGGAUGGGGACCGAGUCGACCCAGAAUUGUUAGAUCGCGCGAUGCGGCUUAUCCAGUUGCAGAACCUAGACCGCAUUUACUCCUACCACACCCGACCAAGGUUCGGCAAGCGAUCGGAUGCGUUCACAAACUGGGCUAAGGAUCUCGAAAAGCCGGACUUACCCGCUUGGUUGGCGUACGCCAGAAGGAGAUGAGGGGCGCAACAGCUGCCGGGUCUAUAAGUCACUAUCAAUGUUCAUGAUCACUACACUAUGUACCGGACUCAAUGUUAAUACCGUUAAUAUUACACCUCUUUCUGUCGUUCAUGUUACACUCGUUGUCUCUGUUAUCAUGUUCCAAAUUCAAAUUUUUGAAAUAUAAAAAGUAACUUUUUAAUUUAGAAUAGAUUUCAUUUAGAAGUUUACUUUUUAAAUGUUUAAAUGGUUUCCAUUUCAAUAAAUAAAUAGGUUGAUUGAAAAUAGGCUGGCAUUUCAAUCUCUUCUAUUGUUUUAAUUAAUUAUAUUUAUUAUCUGUGGUGCUUUUGUACUUAGCUGUUCAUCUUUAUUUUAAUUUGUGAAAUUCUAGUCAAAACGAUAGCAUUUCUGUGCUAUCUUCUGAAAACAAUUUGUGCCAAAGUUAUCUUUUACUUUUACAAAUAAUGAUUUUUCUUGGAAAAACCUCUCGAUUCAGAAGUAAGUAUUUUAAUAUUAUUGUUUCUAUAAUGUAACCCAGUCGAUCAAUCCCAUAGUCAUUAGGUAUUCAUAGAAUCUUUUCUGUAAGUUUAAGAAUUAUUAUGUCAUAAUAUUUGAACCAAAAUAAUUGUACCUUUACGGAUAAAAUAUCAUUGUAACGUUAUGAAUGAAUAAAAGCAAUUAAGAAAACGAAAUAUUAAA